GCCCAGGCGCCGCUCGCUUCUCUCCGCCUCGUCCGGCCUCUUCCCUCUCCCUCCUCUGGCGGUGUCUCCUUCGGGCGGAGUGAGGCUCGGAGCAGCUCCCAUGGGGAAGAAGUCGCGGGCGGCGCCAGCCGGGCGCAGGCCUAUCCUCCAGCUGUCGCCGCCUGGGCCUCGCGGAGGCCGGGAAGAAGCGGCACCGGGCGAUGGGGACUCGGCGUCGGAAGCGGAUGAAUUUGAAGUGACUGAAGAGGCUCCAAGGACAGCCCCAAACCCGCCUCAAGCUAGCAUGCCUCUUGGGCCUGUAGCUGUCAAACCAACAGGUGGCUUAUGUUUACUUGGUGCUUAUGAAGACAGCGAUGAAGAAGACAGUGAGAUGUCUGAGAAACCAGCACAGUCUACAGAUGCAAAUGGCAAUAAUUCAACAGACAUUGACAGUACCCUGGCCAACUUCCUAGCGGAAAUAGAUGCAAUUACAGCACCUUCACAGCCUGCUGAAAACACUGUUCCCUCCAAUGCUCCACCUCCAACUCCUCCACGCCCAGAACCCAAGGAGUCUGCUUCCAGUCAAGUUUUGGCAACUGCAAAUGGAACAGACCAGGUGGCUGAGUGGCAGUAUGACACUCAGUGCUCCCUGUCAGGAGUGGGAGUGGAGAUGGGAGACUGGCAAGAAGUUUGGGAUGAAAACACAGGCUGCUAUUAUUACUGGAAUACUCAGACUAAUGAGGUUACCUGGGAGCUGCCCCAGUACCUUGCAACACAAGUUCAGGGCAUCCAGCAUUACCAGCACAGUUCUGUGACAGAGGCUGAAGAAAACUGCCAAGUGGUUGCAGACUUAAGCUCCCAGGGAAAAGGUGGUGGUGCUACAGCUGCUAGCAGUGCUGGACGUAGGGCAGCUCUUGUGAAGCGUGAAUUGAAGAAGGAAGUGAAUGAAGGUAUUCAGGCCCUUUCAAAUAACGAGGAAGAGAAAAAGGGAGUGGCUGCAUCACUGCUGGCUCCGCUACUUCCUGAGGUGGUGAAGGAGGAAGAGGAGCGCUGGAGGCGGAAGGUUAUUUGUAAGGAGGAGGUGGAUCCAUUGGUGGAAGAUGAUGUGGCACCAGAGCAAGUAGCAACUGUUGCUGAUCAGCAGCUGGAAGGCAUCCGAGAUAUUGGGGAAGACCCUUCUCAGGAGGACCUGUGUAGUGUGGUGCAAUCAGGGGAGAGUGCAGAGGAGGAAGAGGAGCAGGAUACUCUUGAGCUAGAGAUGGUAUUGGAGAGGAAGAAGGCAGAGCUACGUGCUUUAGAAGAAGGUGAUGGGAGUAUUUCGGGUUCCAGUCCACUGUCUGAUGGAAGUCAGUCAGAGUUAGCACGACGGUUGCUACCCAAGCCAGGAAAAUGGAAGCUCUUUGGGGUUGCCAGCCCAGAAUCCACCAGCCGAGGGUCUAGCAAGACAGGUCAAGAGAGUCCUGAACCUGGACAAGCAGUGGUGAAAGAAGAGCCAGAAGUGGCUGAGCAGAGCUCGGACAGUGAGCCAGACACAGAGGAAUUGCAAGACAAAGUGAAAACACAAGGGACUUUCAAAGCAGAAGAUGAGGAGCAGGACUUAAAGUUUCAGAUUGGAGAGCUGGCCAACAUGUUGAUAAGCAAGCUGGAGUUCUUGGGCAUCAGUAGACAAUCCAUCUCUAACUUCCACAUGCUACUGUUGCAGACUGAGACCCGUAUUGCAGACUGGCGGGAAGGAGCUCUCCAAGGAAACUACCUCAAACGCAAAUUGCAAGAUGCAGCUGAACAGCUAAAACAGUAUGAAAUAAACGCCGCCCCUAAAGGCUGGUCCUGCCACUGGGACAGGGAUCAUAGACGCUAUUUCUAUGUUAACGAACAAUCAGGCGAAUCCCAAUGGGAGUUCCCAGAUGGGGAGGAGGAAGAGGAGGGGCAAAUCCUAGAGAAUAAAAUGGAAGCUCUUCCUAAACAAGGACUAAAGGAGAAAAUGGAGUCUGCUGCAGAAUCGUCUGAUAAUACUGCAGGGUCUCUUCUUAAAGAGCCUCUUUCUAGUCAAGCUGCAGCUACCUCUCUUGUGCCUCUCAGUCCAUUUUGGACUGUGCUUCAGCCCUCUGUCCCUGUACUUCAGCCCCCUUUACCUUUGGAAAUGCCACCCCCGCCACCUCCCCCUCCAGAGUCACCCCCUCCCCCACCUCCCCCGCCACCACCGCCACCACCAGGGGAAGAUGGGGAAAUACAGGAAGUAGAGAUGGAGGAUGACGGAGAUGAGGAACCACCAGCACCGGGAACAGAGGAAGAUGCUGUACUGAAACCUCUUCUCCGACCAACAGUUGCCAAUAGCCAAGCCAGCUCUGAGACCAACGUAUCUGCACCUCUCUCCGCUAAAACUCUAAAGAGAAAAGCUUCUGAAAUUAGUGCUGGACUGGUGCAACGAGCAGCAACCAUUGGAAGCUGUCCAGUGCUUUACGGGCAGUCAGUCAUAGGUGUGGGCCCCCAGACCCCAGGGGUGAGUUUGCAACAGAGUUACCUUGGAGUAACGCAGCCGGCACUCGUGAACUAUUCUGAGUGUAGUGUGCCUGUUGGUCUUUCUGCCAGCACCACGCAGCCAGUUCCUACACAAGGAGCCGCUCCUGCCACUAGCACUACAGAACAGCUGCCGCCGCCUCCACCACCUCCUCCACUGUCUCCACCACCACCCAAAACACUACCUCCAGAGAAGUCAAAGAAGCUUAGGAGAGCUGGCAAGAGAAAAAAAACCAAGACAAAGAUGCCCUCUCUUGUAAAGAAGUGGCAGAGCAUUCAGCGGGAACUGGAUGAGGAAGAAAAUUCCAGCUCAAGCGAUGAGGAUCGGGAUGUGAUUUCACAGAAGAGAAUUGAGGAAUGGAAACAGCAGCAGUUAAUCAGUGGUAUGGCAGAGAGAAAUGCAAAUUUUGAGGCUUUGCCUGAUGACUGGCGAUCUCGACUCAAGAGGCGGAAAGCUACUUCAAGCACAUGAGUCAACUUCGUUGUUAUUUUGUUUUUUAACCACACAUGUACAGUUCAGAAACUUUUACUGUUGGAUAAAUUAACUUUUUGAGGAUACAUAUUUUUCAGCUGAACGACCUGACAGAGAAAUUGCGUUGACUUGUGAAUCCUUUUAGAGGUGUAUUUGGCAAAUAGGCUUAUGAAAUAAUGAAUAGGCUUGACCACUCCUGUCUUAAACUCCUCCUAAUCCCAGUUCACACAAAGGUGGAAUACCAUUAUGUCCAGUUCCUGGGUAGAGCUGGUACCAGAAUUUAUUAAUGCACUUUGUGGAGUUGGAAAUGGAACCUGCCAUUUUGACUCUUCCUUGCUAAGCCCAAAAGUGUUCUUCCACUUCCUAGAAAUAUUUCUACAAGAUAAUGACCAUUUGCAAUUGGGUGUUACAGAACAUGCAAAUUAAAGAUGCACAUUCUUUUCACAACAGACGCAGUUCUGCAUGAUUUGACCCCCUUGUUCCAUUCCUAAUGUUUGCCAGCACCUUGGUUUUGGUAGCAUUGCUCUUCUUGCUAGAUUUCAUAGAAUCAAUUCUUGUUUCUGUCCUAGAACCUGUAUCAGACUAGCUAUUUUUCCUGUAAUGUUACCCUAGAAUAUACUUUUGGUGCUGUAACAUGCUAAUUGUUUCAUUGGUGUGGCUGUAGUAAGGUGGGACAGAAAGCAGUUUUCAGCCUCCUCCACUGAGCACUGACUGGUGGGUUGUUCCUAAUGCCUUCAUUGUUGGGCAAAGAGAGUUAGGGGGUAGCUGGCACAGCACUUAAGUCAGCAUGAGCCAGUCAGCAGCUGUGUGCCUGCACAUUGCUGCAUCAGCUGCUCCUCUGAAUGCUCACUGGUGAAGGAAUGGGGUGGAUAUGUUUUCCCUUGCUCACUAUCCAGCACUGUUCCCCAUCUCAAUAGCUGCUGCUUGGUGGAUGUGUACUAGAAGCCAUUAGCAGUGAGGAGAGGGGAAAUUAGCAUUUCUCUGUUGCUCAGUUCUGAGCCCCUCUUGUCAGGUUCCAGCAAAAGUAGGGUCUUUGUCUACAUUUAAAGCCAGGCUGAAUAUUUAUCCAACCUGUCAAUGUAUUGCGUCUUUUCCCUUGUUUACUUUUUAAAAAACGGAAUCAAGUGGUAUUGAUUUUCUGUAAAUGAAAGAAAAGGCAGUUUAUGGUUGAACGCUGUUUGUAUUUCUCCAGUUUCUGGCUUUGUAAAUUUGUACAUAUACAUUAAUAAAAUCACUUUUUAUACUUCA